UGGUGUGCGAGUAUCCUCCACCAAAGUGCAUGGAAAAUGUUCGGCGUGUAUAGAUUUCGGACUAUGAUUCGCCGGAAGCUAUGCAAUCAGAGCUUCCUGCAGUGAACCGUCUUUUCAGUAGACCAAUUCGAAAUAGUGUCAACAAACUCCAAAAAGGUGGAAUUCAAUACUUGACACUCUUGCGCUGAACAGCUGUAGUACCAAACGUGGUGCCGAGCGAGGAGUGGGCUUCUUGAGGAAUACAAGGUCACAGAGCUACCACCGAAUUUUCAACUACGCUGUUAUAUCUCAUUGCCGAACACAAAGUCGACAGCAACCACGAAGCUACUGAUCCUCGCAGCAACCAAUCAUCCACAAUGUCCAGCUCUUCAGACAUAGACCUCCCCCUCCUGAGGGACCGCCUGGUCAGCAUCGCCCUCCAAGCAGGCGUGAUGAUAACCAGCGCCACACCGACCACAACCUCAUCCGGCACGAAGAAGAACACCGCCGAUCUAGUCACGGAAACCGACCAAGCUGUCGAAGCGUACAUCUCAAAGGAAAUGAAAACGCUGUACCCAACUUUCUCAUUCAUGGGCGAAGAAACCUACAAGCCAGGCAUGCAACUAGGUCCCGAACCAACGUUCAUCGUCGACCCUAUCGAUGGCACAACAAAUUUCGUCCACCGUCACCCUUACAUCAGCAUCAGUUUGGGAUUCGCCGUAAACCGGGUGCCGGUAGUGGGCGUGGUGUACAAUCCGUUUACCGGCAAAUUAUAUACCGGCGUCAAGGGCCAGGGAAGCUAUGUGUCUACGAUCCGAGACGGAAAGACGCACGGCGAGGAGGUUCGCUUACCGCUGAAAGGAAGCGAGGCUCUAACAGGUCUGGACUCGUGUAUAGUGAUCAUCGAGUGGGGAAGUGAUCGGUCCGGUUCGAAUUGGAAAGUAAAGUGCGAUACGUGGGCUAGGUUGGGCCAGAGUAAAGACGAGGGCGGGGCGAUGGUGCAUAGUGCUCGAGCGUUGGGCAGUGCUGCGCUGAAUAUGUGUGCUGUCGCGGAGGGGACGUUGGAUGUCUACUGGGAGGGCGGAUGUUGGGCCUGGGAUGUUUGUGCGGGAUGGGUCAUUCUUACGGAGGCUGGGGGGAUUGUGGUUGACGGAAAUCCCGGGUCGUGGGAGGUCGACGUUGAUCAUCGGAUAUACCUUGCUGUUAGGGGUGCGAAGGAGGGACAGAAGGAAUUGGUGGAGGAGUUUUGGUCGUAUGUUGAGGGGGAGAUGGUGUAUCCGCAUUAAUCAGCCUUGCAUUGAGCGCAGAUAGAGCCUUAUAUAGACUAGAGAACCAUAGACACGAAAUGUUCGUGCUGGAACAACAUGGUGAACUGCUAGUUGGAAUCUCCAAGCUGUACUCUA